UCGUCGGUGGUGUGGUGAAGUUGGUGCUACCGUGGCGGCCACUGCCGCUAAUGAUGCUGCUGCCGCCGACCGCCGACGUGUGGAGUGGUCAGUAAUGAUUGCUGGCCGCUGAUCGCCGCCAGAAGUGGAGAGAUAUAUCCUGCGCCCCCGCUGCCUGCUGUGGUUGGCUGAUGAAAAUCAAUCAAUUGUAAUUAAUAUUUGCCCCACUUCGUCGAGGCUCAGAAGGGGCCGGGCGUGAGUGAAGUGUGUUCGAGAUAAAAAAAAGGGUGGCAAUAAGCAUGAUAAGUGAUUUCCGUGCGUGCAUUGUUUGCAAACCACCACCCACCAUCGAGAGCGUUUUGAGCAACAGAAAUUAAACGCUGUUGACAGUUGGGUCCCCUUUUGAGUUGCGCUUAAACGUGAGUUGUGCCUGGCGUGAGAGUGAGAAGUGCGAUCGGGUGAGUGAGCGGGCAAUAGGAGUGAUUUGAUUGAAUACACCAAAUUGAGGCAGUUGGGAAGCAAAAAAGCGACCAGAAAGUGUCGUGAAAGUGUAGAGAGAAGAUUAAUCCGUGCGUGAAUUAUUAUCGUGUCCGUUGACGUUGACCAACAACCACCGUCGGGGUGAAUAACGACAGUCGGUCAUUUCUCACCAAACGGACAGCAGCGAAAAGCAAAUCCACCAAUCAUGUACCCAGCGCCUACAAGACACCCGUCGGCAUCGGGGCCGCCACCCCAGGGGCGACAGUUUACGAUAGCGGAAACCCUGGAACGGAUUAAGGAGGAGUUCAACUUCCUGCAGGCACAAUAUCAUUCAUUGAAGCUCGAGUGUGAUAAAUUGGCGAGCGAAAAAACGGAAAUGCAGAGACAUUAUGUGAUGUAUUACGAAAUGUCCUACGGAUUGAACGUGGAAAUGCACAAACAAACUGAAAUCGCCAAACGACUAAACGCCCUCAUCGGACAGCUGCUGCCGUUUCUGGCCACGGAACACCAGCAACAGGUCGCGGCGGCCGUGGAACGGGCGAAACAGGUCACGAUGCCGGAGCUGAACGCUAUAAUUGGCCAACAUCAGCAACAGGGAAUUCAGCAACUUUUACAACAGAUUCACGCGCAGCAGAUACCCGGUGGACCACCGCAACCGAUACCGGCGCUGGGUGCGCUGGCCGGACCGCUGACGGCGUUCGGGGGCCCGAUGGGGCUACCGCACGGUGCCCCGCAGAACCUGCUGAAGGCACCGCCCGACUUACACCGCGAGGACCUGAAAGUGCCCCUCGGCGGACCGUCGGCUGAGGAGCGAAUGCGCAACUCCGUGUCACCUGCCGAUCGGGAAAAGUAUCGACCACGAUCCCCACUGGAGCUGGACGGUGAAACGAAGCGGCGGAAAGAGGAAAAACUGAACCACGAAAGUGAUGGUGAGAAAAGUGAUCAGGAUUUAGUGGUGGACGUCGCGAACGAAACGGGUUCACCUUCUCCGCGCCCGAACGGUGACCAUCAGUCGGAGCGUGGCGACCGGGACAGUAUUGGGCUGAACGGUAGCGAUAAGGCGGGUUCGAGCAGUUUAAAAGGUGCCAACGAUCGGCCCCCGUCUCGGUCGGGCUCGAGCUCGUCCCGAUCGACCCCCAGUUUAAAAACGAAAGAUCUCGAUAAACCUGGAACGCCCGGUGCGAAAGCCCGCGUGCCGACGCCCAACUCGUCCACGCCCGGUGUCCCGAAAGCCGUAGUACCUCCAACAGCCGCCGGCUAUCCUCCCUCGCCAUAUCAACGCCCGUCGGAUCCGUAUGCCCGGCCACCACCGGACCCGUACGGCCGACCUCCGAUGCCCUUCGAUCCGCACGGCCACGUACGCACCAACGGCAUCGCGCUGCCCGUUUCGAGCGGUAAACCUGCCUAUUCGUACCACAUGAACGGUGAAGGUGCUCCCCAACCGGUGCCGUUUCCUGCCGACGCCCUAACCGGACCCGGAAUCCCGCGACACGCCCGCCAGAUCAACACACUGUCCCACGGUGAGGUCGUCUGCGCGGUGACCAUCUCGAACCCGACCAAAUACGUCUACACGGGCGGCAAGGGCUGCGUGAAGGUGUGGGACAUCUCACAGCCCGGCAACAAGAGUCCCGUCAGCCAGCUGGACUGUCUGCAGCGAGACAAUUACAUUCGCUCGGUGAAGCUGCUCCCCGAUGGCCGGACACUCAUCGUCGGUGGCGAAGCGUCCAACCUGUCGAUCUGGGAUCUGGCAAGUCCGACGCCACGGAUAAAGGCCGAACUAACGUCGGCCGCACCGGCCUGCUACGCGCUCGCGAUCAGUCCCGACUCGAAGGUGUGCUUCUCGUGCUGUAGCGACGGACACAUUGCCGUGUGGGAUCUGCACAACCAGACGCUGGUCCGACAGUUCCAGGGCCACACGGACGGUGCGUCGUGCAUCGACAUCUGUCCGGACGGAUCGCGGCUGUGGACCGGUGGGCUAGACAACACCGUCCGAUCGUGGGACCUACGGGAGGGCCGCCAGCUGCAGCAGCACGACUUUAGCUCACAAAUUUUCUCCCUCGGCUACUGUCCAACGGGUGAUUGGCUCGCGGUAGGAAUGGAAAACUCGCACGUCGAGGUACUGCACGCCACGAAGCAGGACAAAUAUCAGCUGCAUUUGCACGAAAGUUGCGUCCUUUCGCUGCGGUUUGCCGCCUGCGGCAAAUGGUUCGUUUCGACCGGCAAGGACAACCUACUGAACGCCUGGCGUACACCGUACGGGGCCAGCAUAUUCCAGUCAAAGGAAACCUCGUCAGUACUUAGUUGUGAUAUUUCGACCGACGAUAAGUACAUCGUUACCGGCUCGGGUGAUAAAAAGGCAACGGUGUACGAGGUGAUGUACUAAAUACACAGAGACACGCCAGGGAGGGUGGUGGAUCCCAUGCUCGGCACACCGGCAGUUCAUGCAGAAAAGGGAAAAGGGGCCGCCGCUCUACUGGACGAGGCUCAGUGAACCGAUUUCAGCUUCAGUUUCGUUCGGAUAAAAAUGGGAAAACAAAUGGAAAACACACAAAGA